AUGAGGGCCGUGGAGACGAGGGCCACGCCUGAGAAAGCCAGCCAGUGCGAGAAGCUGGAAGAGGCCGGGCCGGUCAAUCGGGGGGCGGAUGCGUCCGAAGAAGCCCUGCGGGUGGCAGCCGUGAAGAAGCUUGGGGGUAUGCGCCUGGAACAGGUGAGCCUGGAUGUGAAGAAGCCGUCCGCUGCUGCGCGGAGGGCUCUAUUUCUCGAGGCCAUGGCGGAGAGGAAGGGGACAGUUAUACGGCUGAGCCCGGAUCUCCGAGGAAAUGGAGGAUGGGGCCCGGGCAGCACACCAAGGAGGAUUGUGAGGCCACUGGCGGAGCAGCUGGAGGUGUUUUGUCGGGAGGGAGACGGGCGUGGCCAAAUCAGAUGUUGGCCAGGGUCUAUUUACAAUGGGCAGAUGUGGUGCUACUGCGCAUGA